AUGAUAUCGAGUGUAGAAGCGCAUCUUUGGCAAGCUGCCUUCCCCACCUUUGGUGGGUCCAUGGGCGUGCGCCCGCUGGAAGCAGGAGAGCAAUAUUGGUAUGAAGAGAUUAGGGAUCACUUUAUGUAUCCAGUUGCUGGAGCUUUUGCCAAUCCACCUACUUCAACCGAAGGUGUGUUGCACAACCUCGGGAUUGACCCAGAGGAGAAAAAGAAAAAGUCCAAGAAGAAGAAAAUCAUAACUAUCGAUGCUGAGGUGACCAGCAAGAAAGGUGGGAGUAGCCGCGCGACUACUGGUGCUGCUGAUAAAGGUACUCUACGCUUUCGUCAGAGUAACUUGGAGGAUUACGUUAUUACCAGUGACUCACUUGAAGGUUUGUCGCAUAUAGGCGAGAAGAAGACCGGAGCCGCUGGUUCAAAGAGCUCAGGGAGCGCGGGUUCUCGGAACCCAGAUGCUGGGGCCACUCCGUCUUCCAUCGCGCUUGAUGAAGAGGAGGAGGAAGAAGAAGAGGAACCUGUUGAGAAGUUGGUGAGCAGGAAGAGAAGUAGGGAAGAGACCACAACUGGCACGUCUAUUGCGCAGAAGGCUGGUGGAAUCCCUUUAAUCGGAAAACAGAGCAAUCUGCGCUCUCUUUAUAAAUUUUCUCCUGUUUCUGUAGAGGCCAAAAAGAAGACCCGUGAAAAGAAGGGUGUCGUGUUUAAAGAUCCCCAAGAGCCAACGCUGAAGAAGACCAAAGUUAUAAUCAAGCCUUUCAAGACUACUAGGGUAGAGUCUGAGAAGGAGAAAGAGAAGGUUGCUGAGAAGCCAGUUGAUAAGGUUGUAGAGAAGGAAAAGGAGAGGGAGAAAAAGAAGGCUUCUGAAAAACCUACUGGUGAUGCCAAGGAGACCGGGGCCGCUGCUACAACUGCACAUGAAAAAACGCAAAGUCCGGAGGUCGUCCAUGUCACGGGGCUUGACCAGCCCUCUUAUGAGAAAAGGAAGGAACCUGAGUUUGAGAAGCUGACUAAGCCUGCGCAGGCUGAUGCCCCCAUUCGGACUAUUCAAGUAACUUCUACUACUGGGGGAUCAGGUUCUGCUAUUCACAAGGAAAAAACCGCUGCUGCAGGUGGCGUGAGCUCUGGUGGCGCUGGGGGGUCUAUACCGCAGUCUUCCAUCGGCCCUACUGACACUGUGGGUGAUAUUUAUUAUAAAACUUACACAGAGGAGGCUCGCGACAAUGCUCCUCACCGAGCUCCUUGGGGUUUGAAGCAAAAGGACACUUUCUUGGAGGUCAACCGUCAAAGGGCGCAGACUCACGAUGCGCUGUAUCAUGCUUAUGUUGUUGGGGAAGCCAACACUCAUGCCGCCAACCACCAGAUCGUGCGUGAGUGGCGCACGAUGGUUAGAGAGCGGGCUGAGUGGGAAAAAUACCAUGAGCGCUUAUUGAAGCAGGUUAAGGAGUAUGAGAAGGCGAAGGCUGCAAUUGCCGAAGAAAAGGCAAAGUUUGAGGCUGAUAAGAAAUCAGAAGAGUGGGGCCGUGAAGGCCUUAGGGGCAAGCUUCGUACCGCUGAAGAUCUGUUGGCGAAGGAGCGCGCGGAGUGGAAGAAAAUUUGUGAGAAAAACAAUCCACGUAUGUAUGCCGCGCGUUCUAAAAUCACAGAUCUCGAGGCUCAAGUUACUGAAUUGAAAGGGAAGGUUGAGGAUGUUCAAUCCGAUAGAGAACAUGUUGAGGCUGAGUUGAAAGCGCAGGUAUCCAGUAAGGAUAAAGACCUGGCGGCUAAGGAUGUUGAGAUUGCUGAAUUGAAAUGUCGUUUGCAAGAGCAAACCGACAAAAGUGAGUCCUUAGAAAUCGAUCUUGAGGCCAAACGAGUGAAAGCUGCCACUGCUGAGGAGGCCAAGCAGAAAGCUAAGGAGGCGCGAGACAUAAGUACAUCUGCCCUCAAUGUGGCGCAAAACAAUUACUCUGAGGCUCAAGGCGUCGUUGACACGCUGGUUGCCGAGGCUGAGUGGAUGCGUGGUAGAGGAGUAGUUCUGAUGGCCAACUCUAUCCUAAAUGCUGGAGAACUCGAUGGAGCUGUUGCUUCUCUCAUAGAUCCCUCACGUGCGAUUCUCGACCCUCCAGAGACUGUGGAGUUGUCUGAUGAAGAACCAGCUAAAAAUGAUGGUGAUGGUGAUGGUGAUGGCGAUGGUAAUGGUGAUAAGCAUGACGAUGGUGAUGGUGGUGACGGUUAUGAGUAG